AUGAGUGACUCGGAGGACGUGAACCGUGUUCUAGGUGGGAUCUACAUUGGCAACGUACAGCCAAUUGUGGACCAUGUGCCUCUAAUGGUGCAAUAUAACAUCUCGCACAUCUUGUCCGUGAUGCCAUUCAACGUCAUCCCAGAAUACCUUGUGAGGAAAAGUUACGUCUUGAAAAACGUCCCCGUGAACGAUUCCCCCACGGAGGACAUUCUGAAAUACUUCAAUGAGACAAACAAGUUCAUCGACGAGUGUCUAUUCCCAAACGAAAUCGAGUACGACCCAAGGAAAGUGGACUUCAAGAAGAAACCGCAGAAGGGUGCCGUGUACGUGCAUUGCCAGGCGGGGAUGUCCCGGUCCGCAGCGUUCGUCAUUGCAUACCUGAUGUACCGCUAUGGGCUAUCCUUGAAAUUGGCAUACCACGCUGUGAAGAGGAAAAGAUCCGUUAUACAGCCAAAUAAAGGUUUCAUGGAACAACUUGUCAUCUUUGGCGAAAUGGGGGGACAGUACGUCGACUCACAAAACAAAAGAUACAAACAAUGGAAACUGACGAACUCAAUUGCGGAAGACCCCUCCGGUGGGAAUAUCCUGUCCGAUGACGCCCUUUACAAGGAUUCAGAACAGGAGGAACAGGAUUUGUCUAAGAUGACCACUGAACAACUAGCUGAUGUAACCUCUGUUAGGUGUAAGAAGUGCAGACAGAGACUAGCCCUAUCCACCAGUUUCAUCAAACACACCCCACCCAGCAAAGAAUCUUCUGAGGGUCACUUCAUCAGAAGGGCUGGGUACGGUAAAAGGAUCAUUGACAUUCAAGAGUCGCAAUCUCAUUGCUCCCAUUUCUUCAUGGAACCCUUGAAUUGGAUGAAACCAGAACUGCAGGGGAAACAGGAACUCGAGGGUAAGUUUCUUUGCCCUAAUUGUGACUUCAAAGUUGGUGGUUACAACUGGAAGGGAUCCCGUUGUAGCUGUGGGAAAUGGGUUAUCCCCGCAAUCCACUUGCUAUCGAAUAAAGUGGACCAGUUCCCAUUGGCUCAAAGAGAACUACCAAAUAUCGUGCAUUUCGAAACAACUUCUCCAUAA